UGGAGCCGUGUCUGUUUGAUCCAUUGUCUCCGCCUUCAACAACAUCAUCAUCAUCAUCGUCCCAUUUUUCCUCCACUCCCGCACUCUUUCUUUCCCUCCUCCUUUCUCCGUGCUUUCCCUUCCUCUUGUUUUCUUUCACCCGUGCGUACCGGGGUGGGGUGGUCACUGGUCAAUCGGUCGUUCUCUUCGAGUCGUUCUCUCUCUCCUUCCGUUUCUUCCCUUCCAUUUUCCGCUUUUUUUUUUCUUUUCCGCUAUCCCGUCCUAAACCCCCCCUCCCCUCUUUCCCCCCAAGGGUCGUUAUCCGAGUACUCGAGUACGGUACGGUACCUUCUGUUCUCGAGAAACACGUCUUACUCGGGUACCUUCACUCUUCCCUUCCGCACCCUUUUGUCCUCCGUCUCCGUCCAAGUGUGUAUCUACCCGUCCGUCCGCCAAUUCUGUCAACUAGGAUCUACGUCCUGCCGAGCUUCCUCGGUCGUACUCGUUACCAAUUAUUGAAUUUGUUUAUUGUGCGUACGGUACGGGGGUACCGGUACCGGUACGUACCUCUUCCCUUCCCGGGGCCCUGCAUUUGAAAGGAGAGGAUAAAAAAAGGAAAAGGAGCAGAACGUGCUAGGGUGGAGGGGGCACAGGAAAGGAAAAAUAAACAAUUUGCGGAUAGUGCUGACCUUGGCAACAAUAGCCCUUUUCCCGUUUACUCCCCUGGACCUGGACCUGGGCUGGAGGAAACGUAGUCGUAAAGGAUAAACCCAACCACUCCCCCGACAUCCGACGUCGAACAAACGUUUCCCUUACUCCUCCGCGUCACGUUAGGGAUUUAUCCCUUCGGUACUAUCCCUACCCAUCUGUCUACCCUUACACAGUGCAGCAGCAGAACCCUCCAGAUUUUUUGUACUGACAAAAACGCCUUUCCCUCCCCAUUUUAGUUCCCAUUUAUUUUUCUGAGCGACGAAUACCCCAUCAACGGUUAUAGAUUGUCUCGUCUCGUUCUUCUAGAUCUAGAGGAUAGCCAUACCUUAUGCUGAGGGGAUCGCGAUAGAGUUUCCGUUUUCCUUUGGUUCGUCCGUCUGUUUGUCUUACGUUUGUUCAACGAUAGGGUAUAUCCCUGGUGGAUCCGUAAAUCUUCGACUUUCAAUAGGGAUUUGUGAGGUGUAGCUGGUAACUUGGCACUUUUUCGCUUUUCUCCCCAAAAUUUUACCACGAUGGGCAUCCAUUGACAUCUUUUCGGCGCAGGCUUUGGAGGCUUUUCGCUCGCUGAGGAAUAUCCACCAAUGGCGACCACAACAACAACAACACUACCUCGUCCCCCUCGCACAUCUUUCAAUGCAUCUCAGCCACCGACAUCGGCCCUGCCAGCUUUGCCAAAUUCCCUCUCCAAUCGAGCAUCCACACAGAACCUUCGCAAGGCCUCUUUGCUCCCACAGACACCACGCAAAAUUUCGGGACCGUUACAACGCCCUUCGACACCCUCCUUACCGGUACUAACGGAUGCCAAGAAUUUGGUUCCUCGUCGGGCGGUAUCAAUAGCGUCGUUUCCACAGCCACCUAGAACAGGGGGUAGUCGGAUAGCGAGUUUGCCACCUACGAGCUCGCUGAGCACGUGUAACCUGGUGGCCAACGAUGGAAGCAAGCCGCUGUCUCCCUCGCCUGCUGUGAGCCCAAAGCGGGGAAGUGUAGGGCUGGAGAGGUCGCCUAGCUCACGGAGUAUCAAGACAAGCAAGCCGAAAACCGUCUCGGUUGGAAGCCUCGGCUCGGGGUUUUCGGGCAGCGCGGGUGGAACCGCGUAUCUGAGUCCUCCUCACAGCAGGAGCAGCAGCGCGCAGGGUAGUUACUCCACUAAUGCUACUACUAUUGAUGCUGGUGCUGGAAGUGGGGAUGAGCUUACCGCUAGGGGUCGGACCGAUGAAAAGUUUGGAGAGCGUGAAGGAAAGGGAAAUGUCAUCGUGUCGGUCCGAGUAAGGCCGGACUCCAACGACAGUGGUGGGGGCGGCAGUAGCGAAUGGAUCGUUGAUGGGCGCGACGGAAAGGUGGGAUAUGGUGGGAGGGACGGAGGAAUAUAUGAGUACGAUAAUGCCUUUGGUCAAAACGACAAUAAUUCCCGGGUUUACGAUUCUUGCGCUAAACGGCUGGUACGGCGGGUCAUGGAAGGGUACCACGGAACCGUCUUUGCAUACGGUAUGACAGGAACGGGCAAAACUUUCAGUAUGCAGGGGACCACAUCCUCGCCGGGUGUAAUCCCGCUGGCCAUCACCGACAUCUUCUCCUUCAUUAGAGAGACACCCCAUCGGGAGUUUUUGCUUAGGGUUAGUUACUUGGAAAUUUAUAAUGAACGGAUACAUGAUUUGCUUGCUACGCAGCCCGGAGGAACUGGCUUCAUCCCCUUGGAUCAGCAGAUGAAGGGGGAAGAGAUUAAGCUGAGAGAGGAUGCCAAGAGGGGUGUAUAUGCGACACCUUUGAAGGAGGAGAUUGUACAGAGUCCCACACAAUUGCUUCGCGUGAUUGCCCGUGGUGACUUGGCCAGGAGGACAGGCAGCACCCAGUUCAAUGCUCGGUCGUCGAGGUCCCACGCUGUUGUGCAAAUUGUGGUGGAAUCGAGGGAUCGAAUUCCUGGGACAACAGCCGGAGGCGGGUCAAUGGUUGAUAAUCGACGGGCCGGUAUUACUGGGGGUGUGCGUGUGAGCACAUUGAGCUUGAUUGAUCUGGCUGGCUCGGAGAGAGCCGCCGAGAACAAGGAGCGCCGGACGGAAGGCGCUCAUAUCAACCGUUCGCUCUUGACGUUGGGAACUGUUAUCGCCAGGUUAUCGAGUGUUGACAAGGAGGGAAAUGGAAAGGACAAGGAUGGAAACCAUUUGCCGUAUCGCGACUCCAAAUUGACUCGUCUGCUUCAACCUGCGCUGUCCGGUGGCUCGCUGGUGAGCAUCCUGUGCACAAUUGCCUUUCCCCCUUCCCAAGUGAGUGGUGCCGCGAAUGCUACCCACAUCGGCGAGACUAUGAACACCCUCAAGUUUGCGGCGAGAGCCAGGAACAAUAUAGUUAGUCAUGCAAAGAAGGCGGACGAAAGUCUUGCGGGCGGGGUUGAUGCUGGUAGUCGUGUCUUGCUUGAGAGAUAUCGUGUGGAGAUUAGCGAACUCAGAGCACAACUCGAUUCGCAAAAACGCAAAGAAGGUGAUGAUAUGAAGGAUAGGGAGGAGAGGGAAGAACGAGAGGUCGAAAGGGUUUGUUUUAUGCUGUCGAUUUUUUCUCCCCUUACCUCCCUUUACUGAUGUUAGGAAUGUCUUAGCACUCUGAACAACUCCUUGAAAUCCAACUUGCUCGCACGGCGCUUAAGGAGCGUAUAGAACACCUUAACCGCCUGAUACUGUCGUCCAAGUCCUCUGGCGUCAAUUCCACCCGCAAUUCGCAUCUUGCCGGGAACAGUGGUCACAUGUCAUCACUUUCAAUCCGGUCUUCGACCACGACCACCCAUCUGGCCCGUCCCUUUUCCACCGGGUCUUCGGGUUCUACUGCCAUCAACGGCGGCGGUAGCGAAUGUGCCGAUGAUGAUUCGACCGGGGAACUUGGCGAUGGAAGUGCGACACUUGCUGCGCAGGUUCGGGCCCUUCAGGCAGAUGUAACCGAUAAAAACCGUUACAUUGCCACCUUGGAAAAGCGACUUCUACAAGCCCGUCGCAGCUCGCAAAGCAGGGCUAGCAUUGGCUUCUCACCGCCUCACAAAGUCCCCGGUAUAUUCAGCGGGGGUGAGUUAGUCGAGGAAGCGCGGGUGGAUGUUCUUCUCCGGGAGAAGGAUGAGGAGAUUGCAGAGUUAAGGGCUAGAUUAGACGACAAGGAAAGGAUGGUAUCCGCUCUACGGAGUGCUGCUCGAAAACGGGAUGUAGCGGAGGUUGGGAGAAGGAGUAAACCAUCAAUCGACGAGGGGAGACGUCGGAAAGCCAGUGGAAGCAGCGGUGGCACAGUUGAGGGGACAGAAAAUGAGACCUUUUGAAUAAAAGAAGACAGAACUGAAUAACUACUGCUAUUGCCGCUACGAAACUGAGAAAAAAUGCGGGGUUAAAUUGGGUGGUUAUUUUAUUGCUCUCUGUUGUGAUUUCUAUUUGUUUCUAUUUGCUACUUUCUUUCGUCUUAUUGUCUAUUUGCUAGUUUGAAUUUCUUCUCGGCUCACUGGUUGGUUGGUUGGUCGGUUGGUGACGGUGGGUUUUUCAUUUCGAUUUUCUGUUCAUCUCCUUGGGUCUGGGUUGAAAUUUGAUGUUUGCAACUCGUAACUGUUUUAUACCUUUUGUUUUCGCGCUUGCAUUAUUUAUUUAUUUUGAAUGGCUGUUUUUUCCCAUCUUUUCUUGUAUGUUGUAUCUUUUUAUUUUUUUUAUUUUUGCCUGGCGGAUGCCUUCCACUUCUUCCCUUUCAGCCUUUAGGGUUUACUUUUACACCUUUUUUCUCAUUACCUUUUCUGUCUGUCCCUGGUUAAUUAAUCUCUUUCUUUACUUCUUCCUCUCUGUUCAAUGUUUUUUUUUGCUACACGGAGAAUUUUGUCUGAGGAUGAGACGAAGGGGCUGGUGACCAGUCGUGACUGGGUUGUAUUGCCAGUGUGCAGAGGGUAGUUUAGAUGAAUGCGGAUGAUUGAUAUCCAUCUGUCCAUCCAUUUGGUUAUCAAGUGAUUAGUAAUGUGAUAUGCCUUGGUUGGCUUGGCGGGUGGGGAAAUCGAGCCACAGAGUCUCACUCGGCUGGAGAUGUUGAUGGCGGAAUGCUGAGUGCUCCUGACAAUUCACUGGCCACUAGAUGGAAACUGGUGGGUUGAAGGGCAUCACGGCUCGGUCGUGAUACAAAAAAACAGGCCAUCAUAUUAAUUACCCUCCCUGGUCUUUGAAUAGCACUGUACGCGGUUGGCACCGUACCACCGUACCUCGAGUAUAGCUGCACAGCACCGACCGAUAUGACCAUCCCUAAGCCGGCGGGCAGGUAGGUACUAGAGGGUUUAAAGUCCCGGAAGAAUUUAGUAACGCGGGCAGUCACUAUGGAGCGCUGGUGCCCGCCAUACGGUUUCCUCGCAGCCAGCG